AAAGCCCAGAAACCUACUGUACGCACAUCCUCCCUCUCUCUCUCUCUCUUCUCUCUUUCUCUAUCCAGUUUAGAAGAACACGAAGAACUCGAGUGAAGGUAGUUCAGGUGUGUAUGUGCGUACAAGAGUGUAGUAUCGCCAGCGUUUCACAGAGACAACCCAGUCCAGCAGCCAACGCUUCAUCAGUCGCAAUCCACGCUCGAACACCACUCUUGGCGGGUCGGUUCUUAGACGGUCCUCUCGCUUCUCCUCUUAACUCAGUCUGCCUAUCCAUUGCAUCUGCACUAUAUAUCGUUGACAGGGCUUGUACUACCCAUCUGUCUCGUCUAACUAUUUGAUCCGGAAAAGUUUGUCUCCAGAGUGCUGUUCUUCAUCUCCCCCGUCUAAAAGGACCAAUAAUGGCGAGUCCUUUCCAAUUGGGCUCCAGGAGUUGGUGGAUGGCCAUGGUCGUGAUGGCCGUCGUUUGCGGAACGAUGGCUGCACCGCAACAGGAUAGGCGCAAAAUCAAAGUCAGCGCCAGUUUCGGCGGACGAUCCGACCCAGAUUCGACCGGAAACAGCCGAGCUCUUUCGCAGUUCGAAGAACCUCUCAUCAUCACCGAACCGCUGCCAGGACAAGAGUUCGUGUUCAUCUCGGCGAACCCACGUCAGUCUCAGGCCGCUGGCGGCCGGACAGCCAGGGUCAACCCAAUUCCAGCUCAACUGCCAUCCGUCAAGAUUGAGAGCAGCGCAUCUGGCACCAUUCUCGAAGACGGAAUUCUCAUCGCUGAACACCUUGGCGAAUCGAAUCGGGCCGCCCGUCUGUUAGACGAGCCUUCUGUUGAGCCAAUUUUUCCAGUUGAAGAUGCCGAUACGAAAAGCUGGACUCCCCUUUCCCUUCCGGAGCUUCUGACAGGCCCCGCCAUCGUUCGUGAACAAGAGUCUUCUAUUCACAGCAAUGUGAGCACUAAAACCGAAGAGGCCCGAUCAUUAUCUCCGGUUCCGGCUCCAGUUGCUGAAACAUUUUCACUCCAAGACGCAAUCGAGGUAUCCGGAAAGACGGAACAGGUUGCCACUCCCGCGGUGGUUGAAGAAAGCGGCCGUCAAGGUAAAGCCAUUGAAGGUGUGAGCCAAGACGACGAUAAUCUCAUUGCAGCCGAGAGCGUGUCACGCCGCACGGUCAUAAAAACGGCUCCUAAUGGUCAAGACUACGAGUACGAGUACCUCUAUUACGACGGAGUCGACGUCGAUGAAGCGAAUGCAACCACUUCAGCCGUUUCACUUCAAGAGCCCACUUUGUUUUCCAAUGACCAGGAAAACGUGAACGCUUCGCCAAUCGAGACAAACGCAGCCGACAACAAACUUUCAUCGGACGUUCAACUACCGUCUGAAGUCGAAGAGGAAUUGAGCGUGACGACUGAAUCAGACCUUGUCGAAGUACAUGAAGUUCCCCACGUGGCCCAGGUGGCAUUCGAAGUUGGCCACAUCACCGACGACGUCAACGUCGAACCGUUUGAUGACGUCACGACGGAGGAUGUUAUUACUGUUACUGAAGAGGCAACAACAACAACGACCACAACUACUACCCCGGCUCCAACUACAACAACUACUACCCCAGCACCAACUACGACAGUGGCUUCUAGACGUCGUCGACCUACCACCAUCGGUACGAUUGAGGCAACAAUGCGUCCGUCGUUGAGCAGACUGACACCUCUACGAAGAGGUAACACUCCCGCGGUGACUGAAGAGCCAAUCAUUAGUACUACCGAAAGCAAAAGGAUUCGCGGAAAGAACCGUUUCACAUCGGAUUCGAUCCGUGGAACACCGGCACUCAACACGGUAGCCACAGAGAGCAAACCUGAAGGAUCUAGUGGCAGUCGUAGACCUCUCCGUCCGAGGAUCCGCCCAUUGACAACGAGCACUCUCGAGAACCGUGCAGGCUUGGCCGAAGUUCGCUUCGAAGAUUUGGAAGGUGAACUUGCAGAUGCCCAUCCAGCUGACAUCGCUAAUGAUGAUUCUUUGGGAGCUUUAUUAAAUCAUGAUGGACUUGAUUUCAGUCGUCAGAGUCAAGCAAUCGAGCAUUUCCCAAUCAACGGACGCAAUCCGGAUCAUUUUGAAGAGGAGCAUGAAGUAGGCGAUUUCUUUGUGCAGGAGCGUACACCUCUACGAGUCGUGGAGAGCGAUUCCUUCCGCAAUGCGGGUAGCCAAGCAUCGACGGGCGAACAACCCAUUUCAGUUGGAAGAUUGACUGUUAUUUCCGGCCCUGCCAGACUGCCGACACCUUUGGUCGCUGAACAAUUCGAGGACAUCGCAGAGCAAGAAGAGACUGUGAGGCCAACGGUUGCUACAGUGCCUGAUUUCGUCGAAAGCACUCCGCAGAUUGCUGCUGAAUUCGAAGCCGAAAUCCCAGCUGCGGAACCGGAAGAUCUUGUCGAUGAAAUGCAUCACCAAGACGGGGCAGAACAUGCUGAUGAUGUAUCUCCCUUCUCUUUGAAUCAUCCUUCUUUAAGCGAUCUGUUGGCAUUCUCCAAAGCCGCUGAACAACAGCAACAAGAUGACCAAACUAUCCAAAUUGUUCCUGCCGUAGACUUUGAGGAAGUCCUGAUCGAAGAAGUUCUCCCUACUACUAUUGCCCCAUCAUUAGCUGUUGAUCCACAAGUUCAUUCAUUGGACGACCAACUUGUGACGCAGCACGCGGAAGACUUCGAAACCCCAGCUAUUCAACACGUUCAAACCGAUGUCGCAGAUUUCGUGGAUGACAUCGUUACGACCCCGGAAUCUGUGGUCUUGUCGAUCGAACCGGUUCAAACCGAAGUCGAUCCUAUUCAAGGUCUUAUCAACGACGUUGAAAUCCCGCAAACGACUGACAGCGUCCUAGAAGCCGUUUCGGAGGACAUCGUGGAAACUUCGACAGCAGCGACCACCACUACAACAACGACCACCACUACCACAACUACCACAGUUGCAACGACUACGACCCAAGAGCCAACAACAACAACAGCAGCGCCAUCAUCGAGCGGUCGCACUCCAUCGCGAUUCGGCGGAAGCAACGCUAAUCGUUUCAACAAUCGCAUCCGCAACCGCGUGCGUGGUGGAUCCGACGACACACCGGCCAUUGCGAGCACGACAACAACAACCACAACAACAGCAGCUCCAGUGAAAAAGAAUACCUUCCGUCCGGCUGGAUCCCCAUUCAACCGUCUGCGACGACCUACAACUCCAUCUACGGAUACAUUGAAAUCUACCUCAUCCGAAACGAUCGAUGCGGCUGUGGAAAUCACUGAGAGCAGUUCAGCUGCGUCUGUUCCAUCCACCACUAGGAAACCAUUGUCGAACAACUUCCGCAAUCGUUUCCAAUUCCGACGCAACCAAACGGAAACUGCUAAACCAGCAGCGACAUCUGCUACUUCCGAAGAACCGAAAGCGGCUCUGCCGACAGUGAGACCCAAACCAACUGGAACCAGUCAGUUGCAGAGUAACAGGAUUGCACCCCCGCGACCCAUGUCAUCCAUCUUGAAACGCGGUCGGUUCACGACGACGACCACCACCGAGGCAGCACCUGUUGUAGCUUCCGUCGAAGAGACGAGCACCAAUGAAACUGUAUCGGAAACGGAACGAACGAGUGAGACUCAGGAGAAGUCUGAAGGUGAAGUAGUCGAAAAUGCCGAUCCAGAAGUUGUUUCAGAGAAGGUCGUUGUCACGGUUGCCCCUGAACCGACGACUACCACGACAACCAGAUCUGCCGGUUUGAAUCGUCUGAGAAAUCGCGUAUCUCUGCCGGUUAGCGAACGACCGAAGACCGUCCGAACCCAGGUAAGCCUUAGCGAUCGACGCAAUCGAUUCUCGGUGUUGGCUACCAAAAAAACGGGAGCCGAAGCCGAAACGACGAACGAAGAAAAAAAGGAGGAGACGCAGAAAGCCGUCGCUAACGAUGUUCAAGAAGAAGAGGUGACCGUUAAUGAGGGUAAGGUGAACGCUGCUGUUUCCGACGCAGAUAGCAGUCCAGCCAGCGAGAAUGUCGUUGAAGCCGUUGCCAGCGUCACUGUGGCACCAGUUUCUUCGAUACGAAAUCGCAGACCAAAUCGCAUUCCGGGACAAUUGGCUGCACGUCGAACCUAAAAUCCAGUUAAGUCAGCUUUUUAUCCCUCCCUCUCCGUCGACCCAUCCAAGUUGUCAGUGAUAUAUACCUGGAAAAAACAUAAUGUCUUUUUAUUUUUUUCUAACUUUCUCAAUGAAAACAAAGCAUAAACUUAGCCGACAGACCACAAUGUACACUUCUUUUCUUUCUUUUUCUUUUGUUUUCGCAACAUCUGUAUGGAUUUUUGCUGUGCAGAACAGCAGAACAACGAAUGUUGUCUUAGGUCCAGAGAGAACUGGACCUGUCUCUUUCUUGUUUUUUUAUUCUUCUAGUAUUUCUCAUAUACUUUUAUUUUUUCGUGUGUGUUUACCACGAUCAUUCUCAUUUUACACAGCCGGAUGGUAAGUAAAAAAUAAUGGCCUUAUUAUUCUAGACGCACAACAUCCGAAAUCAUGAUCGAGUGGUGGUGGCACAAUCGUUUUAACAGUGCGAAACAGUAGCAGUUGAAAUAGUAACUGGAAACAUUUGGAAAUCAAGGACGAUUUUUUUAAGCCACACCAACGUUUCCGUUUUCGAUUGGCGAUCUAUAACAUUAAAGAAACUAUCGAUUUUUCAUAUAUUUAUACUACCCUCUUCCUAAUCUGUUAGAGUUUGUUUAGAACUGUCGUGUAAACAAGAUGGAUCUUAUUUUUUUGUUUUUGAUUUUUUUUUCUUACCUUUUUUAACGAGACACAUUCCCAACCAGUUUCCGUGAAGCAAACGAUUCUUUCGGCUCAGUCGGCUGGGAUAUCAUAUAUUUGCAUUGCCAUCCCUGUAAAAGACAACAUGUGUACCAAUGAAAGAGCACACGGUUGGAACAGUAGGAUGUAUAUUUUCUCUGCGAUCCCGCGGAAAUGUUAUCUCAUGAGAAUUUUCGUUCCGUUCUUGUUUUUUAUCUUUUUUUUUUCUCCCCUUUUUCUUUUCAUUAUUCUGUUAGGAACCUCCGGCUACCAUAUUAUUCCCAACUCUAGUGUAAAUAACAUCUUUUUCUACCCUUUUUUUUUUUUAUUUUCCUGUCAAUACAAUAUUCUACUCUACUCAA